UUUUUUUUCUUUUUUCUUUUUCUUUUUCUUUCUUGUUUGUUUGUUUUUUCUUCUGUAUACCUCCAACUUUGCUUUGUAUGGAUUCAACUGAAGAAGAUCCCUUCUUGACGGAAGAAGAUCGUUAUGCUCUUUUGUAAUAGAUAAGUCUUACUAUUUUACUCAUCUCAAACUAACAAAUUAAUUGAUUAUUUUCUUUAUGAAUAGAGAUGGUAUCUUCGCCCGAAAUGCAGAAUUAGUCAGAGAUGUUCAAGCUGAAUAUGAAGAAGUACAAGAAUUUUAUUCGGAACACGGGAAACAACAAAAGAAAGACGUGAUUUUACCACAAGAUAUCUCUACACCCAUUAAUGUGAUCAGGCAAGAUCAACAACAAAAAAGAUCGUCAUCGAGUCAUGUCACCAACAACAAGGACGAUGCAGCUAUUAAAUCAACUCUUCAAGACGAAGAUGGCGAAGAGAGUGAUGACAACAAUAGCAAUGAUAAAGAUAGUCAAGACGGUGUGGUUCCAAACAACUUGAUGAUACCAUUUUCUGGUUCUGGUGAAAAGAAGAAGAAAAAGAAAAAGAAGAAGAAAUCCAAGACUGCCAACUUACCUGAAGCCGGUACUGAUUUGCCAGAUGAUUAUCAAGAAAAGUACACUGAAGAUAUCGUUGAAAAUCCUUAUGACCCCUCACAACCUGUGGCACGUCGUGUGGAACAUGCACUUUGGAAAUAUCGCAAGAAUCACAAAUUCAGUGAAGAAAACCGAACGAUCUUUGACAGUUAUCUGAGAUUUGGUGGUGUGAAUACAAGUCCCAAUGCUUUCCUUGGUCGAGCGACUAGUGCUGAUACUCCUGCUGAUCCUGAUGCUGAAAUUGAUUAUGAAGCAGCUCAAGCGGCUAUCGAUGCUAUUGAUCUGGAUGAUGAUGAUGAUGACAACAAUGGUUAUGUCAGCUUUAGCGAAGUGGUGCAAGUCUAUUUAGGCAAUUACUUUUGUGUUUCUGGCCUCUGCCUCACCAUGCAAGGUUUUAUCUCAGCACCUAUAUUGAUUGAUGCCUUCCUGCGAUACCUUCAAAUCCGAUCUGUAUGUCCUGAGUAUACCGAUGAUCUUAUAAAGGCACGUGAAUGGACGGCUCUGGCCAAGGAUCAAUUACCUAGGUGCAAACGUAUCUCCAAUGAUCUUCCUGGAAAAUUCAAUACUGCCUGUCGUCUUCUUUUUGAUCCUAAAAGCAAAGACAGUGAAAGUAACGAAUUGAGUGGCGUUCCUGCUUGGGCUAUGGGGGAUCCUACUUUGACAGCUGUCGUACAAUCUUAUGUUGAUUUUACCGUGGGCAUGACGCGUGGUGAAGCUCGGCUCAUUAUAGGCUCAAUCAUACCCAAUGCUGACAGUGAACAUGUGAUUGAUCGUCGUGAUUGUAUCUGUGUCAAGAUUACUCAAAUUGGUGAUGACGAUCGUACGGUAAACGACAAGAAGGAUGAAGAUGCGUUGGUUAUGGUGAACUUGGCGGAAUAUGACGAGGAUGCCGAUCAAGUUAUACAAGAGAAGUCGUAUACUCUCUACUUUGAAAAUAGUAUUGCAGAUCAGAUGCUGGUUGGUAUGGUAUUGAAAGUGACACUACAACAAUUAUCGGGUGGUCAAUGGUUCUUGGAUCAUUCUAUUCAUGUGUGCCCUGCCUUUUACAAGAAAGAUGAAUUUGCUGAAGAUGACGAAUAGGAUAACAAAUAGUUGAUAAGGAAUUAGUUUUUAGGGGGUAGCAGUACUUUAUGAUUAUAAUAAAUAAACAACCAUACCUUUCUUUUUUUACAUCAUA